AUUUUUUGAUUUCUCAUAUUUCUAGGUUGUAACAUUACCCUACAUUAGUUGUUAACUCCAUCAACAAAAUGCCAUCCAAGUUAUGCGAUUACGAUAUUCUAUAUACCAUCGGUUCUGGUUCAUAUGGAAAAUGUCUGAAAAUCAGACGGAAAAGUGAUGGAAAGACACUGGUUUGGAAGGAAAUGGAUUAUGGUUCUAUGACAGAGCCGGAAAAACAGCAGUUGGUGUCAGAGGUCAAUCUUCUGAGAGAAUUAAAACACAAAUACAUAGUGAGAUAUUACGAUCGAAUUAUUGACAGAACCAGUAGUCGCCUGUAUCUUGUAAUGGAAUACUGUAGCGGUGGAGAUCUGGCAAGUAUAAUAUCGAAGAAGCGGAAGGAACGAUCAUUCAUGGAGGAGAACUUUAUUUUGAGGGUUUUUGCUCAACUUGUACUUGCAUUACAGGAAUGUCACAGUCAAAGAAAGAAGUUAGGCCAAGGAAAAAUUCUUCAUCGUGAUUUGAAACCAGCCAAUGUAUUUUUAGAUUCAUCUAAUGAUGUGAAACUGGGAGAUUUCGGUCUGGCACGAGUGCUGAACCACGACACAAGUUUCGCAAAAACUUUCGUUGGAACGCCGUAUUAUAUGUCACCAGAACAGAUGAAUAAAUUGUCUUAUAAUGAAAAAUCUGAUAUUUGGUCACUUGGAUGUUUAAUUUACGAGCUUUGUGCACUUUUGCCUCCUUUCACUGCAGCGAAUCAAAGGUUAUUAGCUGUUAAAAUCAAAGAGGGUAAAUUCCGUCGUAUACCAUCUAAAUAUAGUGAUGAAUUGCAAGACUGCAUUUCACUGAUGCUAAAAACUUCUGCAGCAAGAAGACCAACCAUUGAUGAAAUCUUGAAAAUGGAUUUACUGCAAGAUACUCUGGAAAAAUGUGGGCUCACACCUCCAGUUAGCCCAGCUGCAUUAAAACCUCAAGGAGGAAUAGAGGUUAUAGAGGAUAAGAAAAUGGAAAGAAGAAAGUCAUCAUCAUCUACUGAUAGUAGUGAAAGUGAGAAGAGAGAAUCACCAGAACCUGGAGGUAAAACAAAAGAAGAAGAGCUUGAAUUACGUUUGAGAGGAAUUGAGAAAAAAGAGAGAGAGCUAAAAAGGAGAGAAAAACUUCUUGAAGAGAGAGAAAGAAUGGCAGAAGAAAAAAUGACAAAUGCAGAAACACUUAUCAAGCAAUACAGAGAGAUGAAAGCUGAAAAACAAGAUCUUGUAUCAAGAGCUGGAUUGUCAACAGAAGCAUUGCACGAAAAAUAUGAACGCCUUGGUAUUUUACCAAGCAAGAAACAAGUUCACUUUGCAAUGGAGUCAAAAGAAAAUAAUCCUGGAUAUCAUGAUGAUUAUAGAUACCGAAAACUCAGCGGAGUUGGACCAAUAAGUGAUAAACAUCUUGGAGAUUACAGACAUAAACUCCGAGAUUUGAGAUUACAAAACCAGGCAAAUAUGAGAUAUGAAAACAAUAUCAAAAACAGGCAUCUGCUAGGAAUGAGAUAAAUUGUUCCAAUAUUUGAUAAUAAAAAUAAUGGAAACAUGAUGACUUGAUGUACAAAUAUAAUCACUCCUUUACCAAAAACAUGAAACACAAACUAUAUCAAGAAUGUAUUGGAAUGUAUAAUGCUGUUUUUAGAUAAUUGAAUAAUUUUGCGUAGCUGUGAGAUUAUUGUGCUGGAUUUUACUUAUUUAUAGAGCACUGUUUUAUUUUAUUUUCAAUUAGUAUCAUGUGUGCCAAUGAUUAAUGUCACCAAGUUACUAAAUAAAUCGAUUUGAUUCUCAAUCGGUACACAUUGUUCAGAUUAAGAAGGUCUUUUCAUCCUUGUAAUAGUCCUAUUGAUCUAAUUUUAUAUUUUCUAAUUUUUUUUUCAAGCGAUUUUUAAAAAAAAAUUUUAUAGUCUUGGCUGCUCCAUUUUUCUUUAUACUUCUGCUGUUACUUGUUUCAUGCUCAUUUUAUUGGUUGAUGAUUUGCCUUGCCGUACUACUGUUUAAGUUUAAACUGUGAUAUCAGAAAUUUAAAAAAAAAAUUACAUUUGAGGCAACAUUUAUUGGAAGUUGCUAAUAGUAAAUUUCAAGAAGGAAAUUCGGCAUCCAGUAAUACCGAAAAAGCGAUUUAUUUUUUCUUUGUACAACAAUUUAAUUAUACACAAAUCUAUGACCAUUAUUUGCAUACUUUCAUUCGUUCACAUCGUUUUUUCAUACAGUGGAAAUUUUAAAAUAUUUUUUUGCAUUUCUAGCAACAUGUAAUUAAUAUGUCUCUCUUCACGUCUCACUCAAAUUUCACUUAUAUUUGUCUAUGUGUAUUCUUUCUAUGCAGUGCACGGAAUAAUGUUUGAAGGGAUUUACAAGAAUUUAUUGCUGACCAAAAAUACUUACAAUUAAGAUCAACAAACCUCUCAGUCUGAUAUUAUUGAGAAUUUAAAUAAGUUAUGUUUUCAAUAGGAAUUUAAAUUUUUAAAACAUCAUAUGCUAUUCAUUUAGCAUUAGCAAUGUUAGAAAAUUAUUUUAUUCAUAUUCAUAUUUUCUGUGUUUUAAAAGUGGCGGGAAUUCAAGUUUAUGUCAUAAUCCUUGUAUUUUUAGUAUGCUGUCCUCAAUCAAUAGCUCAAUUUUUUGCUGCUAUUAUUUCUUUAUUUAUGUCUAUACUUUUCAGUUGCGUAAAAUACCCAUAUGAAUCACAAUUUCACAUUUCUUCUUGCUCACAGCACAAAACGGUUAUUUUUUAUUGGCAGCCACACAACAAACAAAAAUAGUUUCAAGGAAAAAUAUCAUCUUCCCUUGCAAUAACAUUAUAAUAAUGAUCGUGGUAAUGAUCUAUAAACGUACAUAUUAGACCGUUUUCUUGUUGCUUGUGCUUAUAAUUACUAUUUUAGGAUUAGUCUUGACUCGUCAGUCGUCACAGGAUUUAUCAUAUAAGAGUAUGCCGAUGACAUUUUUCGUAUAACUGCUUUCAUGCAUUUAACACAUGACAUAAGCAGUCCCAGGAUAUUACUUUAUUAUGCCGUGGAUCUUUUUUAAAACUGAAAUAAAUGACCAGGAUAAUAGCAAA